AUGAGCGAGUCGUCCGUGCAGGCCGUGUGGCAUGUGGUUCGCAAUACAGUGCGUGCCGCUGUGACGGUCAAGACCAACGAGACGCUCGUGCCGACCGAUGCGCCGGCUUCGCUGCAGCUCGAGUCGGUGAAUGCAAGUGCCGACGUCGGCUCUGUCGUGCACAGCCUCCUGCGCUCAGAGCCCCACGCAGCCGCGGCUGUCCUGCUCGAAGCGAGCCCGUCGACACUCUUGCGCCUCGUGCCGCACCUCCCCGCACUGGCCAAGUCGCCUGUGGUCUUCCACAUCAAGACGCAUGGUCAGCAUGCGGAUGUACUCCUACUGCGUCAGAGUGGCUGUGCGAUGCUCUAUUCGAGCACCGCCGCGGACGCAGAGGCGCAUGCGCUCGUCGCACACCAGCUCGCGGCGCGCACGCACACCGGCGUCAUCCACUUUUUCGACGAAGGCGCGCCGACCUCGCUGGCCGCUGCCAGUGCCCUGCAGGCAGCUGUGCCGGCUGAGGCUACAUUGGCCACGCUGGACGAGGCUGUGCUGGAUGAGGCCUUUGCCGAGGCGUCGCGCAUCCUUGGCCGCGAGGUCGUGCCGUACCGCGUGUACGGCACAGACGACGCCGAGGCCAUGGCGGUGGUGCUCGGUGGCGGCGCAGAGGCGCUGGCUGACAGCGCUGGCGUGCGCGUUGCUGAGCUGCACCUCGUGCGCCCGCUGCUGCCUGCGCGCAUCGUGGCCCUUGUGCCUACAUCGGUGCAGCGUAUAGCGGUGCUGGAGCAGACGCCGCAGCGCUCGACGCGCCUGGCGCCCGUGUUUGUGGAUGUGGCAAGUGCGUUCCAGCACGCUCCAUCGCGUGCGGCGCCGCAGCUCGUGAGUGGUCAGCUAGGCACGGUGGAUACCAACGCCGGUGCGGUGCUGAAGGAGGCGCUCCUGGCCGAGUCGCUCCCGUCGUCGCUUACGAUCGGUGCGCCGCGUGCGGCUGACGCGCCGCGUGCCGUCGUACCCGUGUCCCAGCCGCCUACGCACGAGCAUGCAUACCAUAUUAUGCUGGAGCAGCUCUUCCAUGGGCGCCUGCAGGUGGUGAAUGCGCCGCGCGAGACGACCGACCCGGCGUCGCUGAGCCCCGAGUACGCUCUGGGCCAAGUACUGGCGCAGCUGCGCAAGGCUGACGAGGCAGUGCGUGUGGCUGAGCGUCUCGUCUCUUCGGCGCCUGCGCCACUCGCCGAGGCGCUGCGUUCGUGGCUCUCUGUGCGUGCGGAUGGUGCACGUGCGGCGGCGGCGGCGGCCGAUGUCCAGGCGGAGCUGCGUCACGCGAGUAGCGCGGACGCUGAGGCGCUGCGUGCCCUCGCCCCUGUCUCGCGCUGGAUUGUUGGCAGCGAUGCAUGGGCGUACGACACGGGCAUGGGUGGUCUACACCAUGUGAUGUCGUCGCAGCGCAACGUGAACAUGCUUAUCUUUGAUACGGUGCCGUACUCGAAGCGCAACGAAGUUCCGCUGCACCAGCGCAAGAAGGACAUUGGCCUGUACGCAAUGAACUACGGUGGCGUGUUUGUGGCGAGCACGGCGCUGUACUCGGACUACACGCAGAUGGUUCAGGCGCUAAUGGAGGCGGACCGCUUUGACGGUCCGUCGAUUGUGCUGGCGCAUGUGCCGUACGAUGGAGCUGAGACGCCGGCGCUGGAGGUGCUGCGUGAGACGAAGCUAGCCGUGGACUCGGGUUACUGGCCACUGUACCGCUGGAACCCAUCGGCGGCGGACGGCCAGGUGUUCCGUCUCGACAGUGUGCGUGUGCGUCAACAGCUACAAGACUUUUUAGACCGCCACAACCACCUGACGCUGCUGGCCAACGAGCGUCCUGCGCUGCCGUACGACCUGACUGUGUCACAAGGUGUGGCGCUGCGUGAGAAGCAGCGCCAAAAGGCGAAGGAAGCGUAUGACCAGCUGCUUGGCGCGCUGGAGGGCCCGCCGCUGCUGGUGCUCUAUGCGUCUGACAAUGGUAAUGCCGCCAAGGUCGCGCAGCGCCUGACGACGCGCGCCAAGCUCCGCGGUCUGGGUGCGCGCGUGCUGACCAUGGACGACUAUCCGCUGGACGAGCUGGCGAACGAGCCGAAUGUGGUGUUUGUCACGUCAACGGCUGGACAAGGUGAGCCGCCGCAGAAUGGUCGCUUGAUGAUGAAGGCGCUGGCGAAGCAGCCUGCCGGUCUGCUGACUGAGGCGACGCGCUUUGCCGUGUUUGGUAUGGGCGACUCGCACUACUGGCCGCGCCCCGAGGAUGCGCACUUUUACAACAAGCCAGGCAAGGACCUCUACAAGCGUCUUACGGAGUUGGGUGCGAGCCCUCUUGUGGCGCUUGGUCUGGGUGACGACCAGGAUGCCGACGGAUGGCAGACCGGCUACAAGGUGUGGGAGCCGCAGCUGUGGAAGGCGCUCGGCGUCGACUCGGUCACUGUCACUGAGGCGGAGCCGGAGCCGAUCACGAACGAGCACAUCAAGAUUGCCUCGAAUUACUUGCGGGGUACGAUUGUGCAGGGUCUCGCCGACGAGAGCACGGGCGCGAUCGCCGAGACGGACACGCAGCUGACCAAGUUCCACGGCACGUACCUGCAGUACGACCGCGACACGGUGGAUGAGCGCAAGGCGGCGGGUCUGGAGCCCGCGUACGGCUUCAUGGUGCGUGUGCGUAUGCCGGCGGGUGUAUGCACGCCCGAGCAAUGGCUGCAGCUGGACCAGGUCGUGGAGGAGUAUGGCGGCAUCAAGUCGCUGAAGAUCACGACGCGCCAGACUGUGCAGUACCACAUGAUCCUCAAGCGUCACAUGAAAGCGGCGAUGCAGGGCAUCAACAAGAGCCUGUUCGACACGAUCGCCGCGUGCGGUGACGUGAACCGCAAUGUGAUGUGCUCGCCGAACCCCCAGCUUAGCGAGGUGCACGAAGCGAUGUAUGAGUUCUCCAAGCGCCUGUCCGACUUUUUGCUGCCCCGCAUGAACGCAUACCACGAGAUCUGGCUCGACAAGGGCACGGACAGCUCGAGCCAACUGCUGGUUGGCGGUGCGGUGCAGGACUAUGAGCCGCUGUACGGCCCGUACUACCUGCCGCGCAAGUUCAAAAUUGCUGUGGCGCUGCCGCCGCGCAAUGACGUCGACGUGUUUGCGCACGACAUUGGUCUGAUUGCCAUCGCGGACGAGACAACCAAGGAGCUGCUCGGAUUUAACGUCGCGAUUGGUGGUGGUAUGGGUGUGACGCACUCGAUGAAGGCGACCUACCCCCGCCUGGGCAGCGUGAUUGGUUUUGUCAAAGUCGAGGACGCGUACGAAGUGUGCCGCCAGGUGCUCCUCAUCCAGCGCGACACGGGCAACCGCCAGAACCGCAAGCAGGCGCGUCUGAAGUAUACGAUCGACAAGUACUGGGGCGGUGCCGACAAGUUCUGCGCCGAGCUCGAGCGCCGCCUGGGAUACAAGCUGGAGGCGGCGCGUCCCUUCCACUUUGACACCAACACGGACGAGUAUGGCUGGAAGAAGGACUACCGCGGACGCUGGCACUGCACGCUGUGGCUCGAGAACGGUCGUGUGAUCGACGAGCCGGGUCGUCCGUUCCGUACGGGCCUGCGUGAACUGGCGCGCAUCCACCGCGGUGUGUUCCGCCUCACGCCGAACCAGCACAUCAUCGUGUCGGAUGUGGACGAGGCGGACAAGCCGCGCAUCGAGGCGCACCUGCGUGAGUACAACAUGGAGAAUUGGGAGCAUACGGGUCUGCGCCUGAGUGCAAGCGCGUGUGUCGCGUUCCCCACGUGUGGUCUUGCGAUGGCCGAGUCGGAGCGCUACAUUUUCAAGCUCGUCGACAAGAUCGAGCGCAUCUACCUCGCCAACGGUCUCAAGCACGACGAAAUCACUAUGCGUAUGACGGGAUGCCCUAAUGGUUGCGCGCGUCCGUGGGUCGCCGAGAUUGCGUUUGUCGGCAAGGCGCCCGGUACCUACGUGAUGUGCCUGGGUGGCAGCCACUCGGGCGACCGCCUGAACAAAAUCUUCCGCGAGAGCGUCGGCGAGAAGGAGAUCCUCGAAAUUAUGGAAGUGCUGAUUCCUCGCUAUGCACGCGAGCGCCUCGAGGGCGAGCGCUUUGGCGACUGGGUGAUCCGUGCUGGCAUCAUUGCCGCUACGACGCACGGCGCCGCCUUUUACGACAACGUCGAUACGACGCGCCCGCUCGUGUCUGCCGCGUGA